AUGGGUCAAAAUACGAAUGGCAAGCAAAACCUCAUCAUCGUUUCCAACCGACUGCCUUUGUCAGUGAAGCGAUCCGAUGGCGGGUUUCAAUCAUCCUUGUCAAGUGGCGGUCUUGUUACUUCUCUUUCCGGACUGACCAAGUCCACCAAGUUCCAGUGGUUUGGUUGGCCGGGAAUCGAAGUCAGGGAUCCAGGUGAUAGAGAGGAAGUAUGCAAGAGUCUGGAAGCACACAAUGCGAUUCCGGUAUUCCUGGAUAGUACUUUGGCGCAUGAGCACUAUAAUGGAUUCUCAAACCGAAUUCUUUGGCCCAUUCUCCACUACCAGUCUGGCGUUACCUUCGACGAUACUCCAUGGCAAGCAUAUAGACGUGUAAACGAACUGUUCGCAGACGCCAUUGUUGAUACGGCGGAGACUGGAUCAUUGAUAUGGGUCCACGAUUAUCAUCUCAUGCUAUUGCCGGAGCUUCUCCGCCACCGCCUCAAAGAGCAAGGCAAGGCUUGUGCAAUUGGGUUCUCCCUGCACACGCCGUUUCCUGCGGGUGACUUUUGGAGAAAUCUUCCCGUUCGAAAGCACCUUAUCGAAGGUUUGCUAUCCAGCGACCUUAUCGGGUUCCACACGGAUGAGUAUAAACAGAACUUUAUGGAUACCUGUGCAAGCCUUCUCGGUGCACGUACUGAGAUCCCAAAUCAAAUACAGUAUAAAAACCGCCUUUUCAUUGUCGGUAUCGACCCGCAGAAAUUCACCGACACUCUGCAGAAACCCGAGGUUCAGGAUCGUAUUCGCAACCUGAAAGAACGCUGCAAAGGCGUCAAGAUCAUAGUUGGAGUCGACAGACUUGAUCAUAUCAAAGGCCUGACCCAGAAGCUCAAGGGCUUCGAUACAUUCCUUGAUGAUCAUCCUGAGCUGCAAAACAAGAUUGUCCUCAUUCAAGUCGCCGUUCCUAGCCGCGAAGACGUCAAAGAAUAUCAGGAACUCGAGCGGGAGCUUUGCACCAUGGCUGGAAAGAUCAACGGCAAGCAUGCUACACCCGAGGGUACACCAUUGUUGUACAUGCAUCGCUCAGUCCCAUUUGCCGAGUUGACGGCGUUGUACUCUGUUGCUGAUGUGUGCCUCCUAACGUCCACCCGGGAUGGUAUGAAUCUAGUCGCAUUCGAGUACGUAGCCUGUCAACAGGAAGGUCAUGGUGUUCUCGUGCUGUCUGAAUUUGCCGGCGCCGCAUCUUUCAUGACCAAAGGUAGUAUUCCAUUCCACCCGGCCAACACAACUGAGAUGUCUGAGGCAAUAUUUAAGGCAAUCAAUCUCAAUGCGUCUGAGCGGAAAUCGAAGUAUGAGUAUCUGCGUGACUUCGUCGACCACAAUACAAGUGCUAAAUGGGGGCAAGAUUUCAUCAACAAGUUAUCCAAACGCUGUAAAUGA